AGCACACCAACGAUGCUGCUGCUUUGCUUAAAACCCAAACCCAAACCCAAACCCUGACGAGUGCCACCACCAUGGCUCCGCCGCCGCCGCUCCUCCUCCUCCUCCCUCUUCUCUCCACCGCCGGCGCCGCGCCGACCAUUUCCACUUCCACCACGACGCUCCCCCUAUACCGCCACCUCCCGCACGUCGCCGAGACAGCGCACCACCACCCGCUCUCGCGCCUCGCCGCCGCCUCGCUCGCCCGCGCCUCGCACCUCAAGCGCCCCGCCCACCACAAAGCCCAAGCGCCAAGUUCCACCACCGCGCUCUACCCACACUCGUACGGCGGCUACGCCUUCACCGCCUCCCUCGGCACGCCGCCGCAGCCGCUGCCCGUCCUCCUCGACACCGGCAGCCACCUCGCCUGGGUGCCCUGCACCUCCAACUACCAUUGCCGCAACUGCCCCACCGCCGCCGUCCCCACCUUCCACCCCAGGAACUCCUCCUCCUCCCGCCUCGUCGGCUGCCGCAACCCCUCCUGCCUCUGGGUCCACUCCGCCGCGCGCCUCGCCGCCACCAACUGCACCGCCGGCGCCGUCUGCCCGCCCUACGCCGUCGUCUACGGCUCCGGCUCAACCGGCGGCCUCCUCAUCGCCGACACGCUCCGCGCGCCUGGCCGCGCCGCCGUCAGGAACUUCGUCGUCGGGUGCAGCCUCGUGUCCGUGCACCAGCCGCCGUCGAGCCUCGCGGGCUUCGGCCGCGGCGCGCCGUCCGUGCCCGCGCAGCUCGGACUCACCAAGUUCUCCUACUGUCUGCUCUCCCGCCGCUUCGACGACAACGCCGCCGUCAGCGGCUCGCUGGUCCUCGGCGGCGGCAGAGCCGGCGGCGGGAUGCAGUACGUCCCGCUGCUCAAGAGCGCGGCCGGCGACAAGCAGCCGUACGCCGUGUACUACUACCUGGCCCUGAGCGGCGUGACGGUGGGCGGCAAGGCCGUGCGGCUGCCGGAGCGGGCCUUCUCCGCCAACGCCGCCGGGGCGGGAGGCGCCAUCGUGGACUCGGGCACCACCUUCACGUACCUGGACCCGUCGGUGUUCCAGCCGGUGGCGGAGGCGGUGAUCGCGGCGGUGGGCGGGAGGUACAAGCGGUCCAAGGAGGCGGAGGACGGGCUGGGCCUGCGUCCCUGCUUCGCGCUGCCGCAGGGCGCCAAGUCCAUGGCGCUGCCGGAGCUGUCGCUCCACUUCAAGGGCGGCGCCGAGAUGCGGCUCCCGCUGGAGAACUACUUCGUGGUCGCAGGGCGAGCUCCCGUGACCGCUGGUCCGCCGGGCGCCGGCGAGGCCAUCUGCCUCGCCGUGGUCACCGACAUGGGAGGCGCGGGAGACGUGGGCGGCGGGCCGGCCAUCAUUCUGGGUAGCUUCCAGCAGCAGAACUACUUGGUGGAGUACGACUUGGAGAAGGAGAGGCUGGGCUUCCGCCGGCAGCCGUGCGCCGCGUCGUCGUCGUGAUCGGAUUGACCCAGCGAGCCAUGAAUUACGGAAUUGCAUUGCUUGCUCCACGACGUACUGUUUGUUGCUAAUAACAAAGGUGUUUGCUUUCUUUUUGUGUGCUCCAUCGGAUUGUCUUUGUUACUGCUAAUAAAAUUACUGCACUUGUCGUGUGUGCAGUCGGCUUGCUGCUUUCUCCAA